GAAAAACCAACGGCGCUCAAUAGGAUUAGAAGCAUGAAGGAGGGUAUGGCGCGAACUUCAACGAUGCUUCUUCGAAGCUAAAGUCAGCUGUGGCCCCUCGGAAAUAUAGGCUGCUCCUUCCUCCUUCAUCGCCUCUCUCUCUUCUCUCCUCUCUCUCUUUUUUUGCUUCAGAUCCUCUGAACAACAACAACAAUCGUACAACCAGGGUUUCGGACAAGAAAAAGAUCUUGUAACUAAAUUCCAAUGGCUACUAGUAUAGCUACUGGAAGCGGCAAAUUACAUUUCAAAAAGAUCUGCGGGGGACAAGGUCGCAGACAAACUUAUUGUGUCUCUGCUUUUGCCUUUCAGCGAUCCAUACAGAAGGACCUCUCAAGGUCAUGUGGAGUGUCCAAGUUCUUGCAACUCCAGAGAUGUAACCUCUCCCGCUCUCCAAUCGAAGAGAAUUCAAAACCCCUCAGAACAGUCACUACAUCGUGCUUGAGAGAUGGUUCUACAAAGUAUUUUGAUUUUGCUGUGAUUGGUAGUGGAGUUGCUGGCCUUCGCUAUGCUCUUGAAGUUGCAAAACAUGGAACUGUUGCGGUGAUAACCAAGGCUGAGCCUCAUGAAAGCAACACAAACUAUGCCCAGGGUGGUGUAAGUGCUGUGUUGUGCCCUUCAGAUUCAGUGGAGAAUCACAUGCGGGAUACAAUUGUGGCAGGGGCUUAUCUAUGUGAUGAGGAGACUGUUAGAGUCGUGUGUACUGAAGGACCUGAUAGAAUUCGAGAAUUGAUUGCUAUGGGUGCGUCAUUUGAUCAUGGUGAGGAUGGAAACUUGCAUUUAGCAAGGGAAGGAGGCCACUCGCAUCACAGGAUUGUUCACGCUGCUGAUAUGACAGGGAGGGAGAUUGAGAGGGCACUAUUGCAAGCAGUUGUCAACGACCCUAAUAUUUUCAUGUUUGAACACCACUAUGCAAUAGAUUUGCUGACUUCUCAGAAUGGUUCUGACACAGUUUGCCAUGGCGUUGACGCUUUAAAUACUGAAACACAAGAGGUCAUACGGUUCAUUUCUAAGGUGACCUUGCUUGCAUCUGGUGGGGCUGGACAUAUCUAUCCGACAACUACAAAUCCUCCGGUAGCCACCGGUGAUGGAAUGGCGAUGGCCCAUCGAGCUCAAGCUGUAAUUUCCAACAUGGAAUUUGUUCAGUUCCACCCAACUGCCUUAGCUGAUGAAGGCCUUCCCAUCACACCAAGCAAGAUCCGAGAAAAUGCUUUCUUGAUCACUGAAGCUGUCAGAGGCGAUGGAGGUAUCCUCUACAAUUUAGACAUGGAAAGGUUCAUGCCCAUGUACGAUGAGAGGGCAGAGCUUGCUCCUAGGGAUGUGGUAGCCAGAAGCAUUGAUGAUCAACUCAAAAAGCGUAACGAGAAGUACGUGUUACUUGACAUAAGCCACAAACCCCGGGAAAAAAUUCUCACCCACUUCCCCAACAUAGCUGCUGAGUGCCUCCGCUAUGGCCUAGACAUAACUCACCAACCAAUUCCAGUAGUCCCUGCUGCUCAUUACAUGUGUGGAGGAGUUCGUGCAGGGCUCCAAGGGGAGACAAAUGUGCGUGGUCUAUAUGUGGCUGGUGAGGUUGCUUGCACAGGAUUGCACGGAGCUAACCGACUUGCUAGCAACUCAUUGCUUGAGGCACUAGUUUUUGCUCGAAGAGCAGUGCAGCCUUCGAUAGAUCACACAAAGAGUUCCAAAAUUGACCAUACUGCUUCAGAUUGGUGGGAUCGACCAGUUGUGCCCUUGUCACUUGGUAGCGACAUGUUGGGAAAAAUUGUGAGGAGAACGAGGGAGGUGAGGAAGGAAUUGCAAUCGAUCAUGUGGGAGUAUGUUGGAAUUGUUCGAUCAACGACAAGAUUAGAAACUGCAGAGCAGAGGAUUGGGGAGUUGGAGUUGAAAUGGGAAGCAUAUUUGUUUCAGCAAGGUUGGGAACCAACAAUGGUAGGGCUUGAGGCUUGUGAAAUGAGGAACUUGUUUUGUUGCGCAAAGCUUGUCGUUAGCAGUGCCCUUGCUAGGCAUGAAAGCCGAGGACUACAUUACACUAUCGAUUUCCCCAAUGUUGUGGAAAGCAAGAGGUUGCCAACAGUUAUCUUCCCUUGUGCACUCGUGAAUAACACUUGGAGUUCACGACAACUUCAGAAUCAACACAUGAGAUAGAAAUGCGAACAUUGAACUUCAUUGUUGCAGCAGUCUCAGAUUAGAGCCUUUGAAGAGAGCUCACUAGGUUUUCCCUUUUCUCAGUUUUGAUUUUGAUUUUUUUUUUCUUUUCUCCUUGAUUCAUUGCAACAAAUAUGGAAAAAAAAGUAUUUUUGUUUUGAUUUUGAUUUUGAUUUUUUUUGAUUCAUUGCAACAAAUAAAGAAAAAAAAAAAAGCGUUUUGUACAGUUACUUUUCUGAUUGAAAUCUUAUUUUCUGUGUUCCAAUUUAA